UGAGAGCCAUCCCCCUCCCCACCCGCGUCAUUAUUAUCGAAACAACUCACAGCUUCAAUUUGCACUCGCGCACCAAGCGGGCAAAGCUGGCAGACUAUCAUCAUGCUACGUACCGGCAAUAUCGUAAUGAGCUACCCCUCACUAGCAGCACCCACUGCCACCUCCCCACGGGCCUCCUCUUGGUCCCCCUUCCCCUCUCCUGCUUGUAAAAGAUAGCUAGGGAAAGAAGUACUAUAUAGAUAUACCUUCUUCUUCUCCAUCAUCCGUUCCCAUCAAACCAUCCCCUAUCAUCUCUGCUCUCAUCGAACCGAGUUCUCUGAUACCCCACAGCGUCGUUGAAUUUGACUUGAUUCCGUCAUGAGUGUCUCCACCGUUUCCACCAAGCCCUACGAUGGCCAGAAGCCUGGAACCUCUGGUCUCCGCAAGAAGGUCGUCGUCUUUCAGCAGAAGAACUACACCGAGAACUUUGUUGCAGCGCUGCUCCAGUCCAUCCCCGAGGGACCCCAGGACUCCUUCCUCGUCAUUGGUGGUGACGGCCGUUACUACAACCCCGAGGUCGUCCAGAUCAUCGCCAAAGUCGGAAGCGCAUACGGCGUCAAGAAGAUUCUCGUCGGCCAGAACGGAAUUCUCAGCACACCUGCUGCCAGUCACAUCAUCCGCAAGAGGGGAGCUACCGGAGGAAUCCUGCUGACCGCCUCCCACAACCCCGGUGGUCCCAAGGAGGACUUCGGAAUCAAGUACAAUCUUGCCAAUGGCGCGCCCGCACCCGAGAAGGUCACCAACAAGAUGCACGAGUUGGCAUCUGCCAUCACAGAAUACAAGAUUGCCGAUAUCCCCGACAUUGACAUCACUACAAUUGGCACCAAGACAUACGGCUCCCUGGAGGUCGAGAUCAUCGACAGCGUGUCCGACUACGUCGACUACAUGAAGGAGAUCUUCGACUUCGACCUGAUCAAGAGCUUCUUCAAGGCCAACCCCAACUUCAAGGUUCUUUUCGACGGUCUGAGCGGUGUCACUGGACCCUACGGUAUCCGCAUUUUCCAGAAGGAGCUCGAGCUUCCCGAGUCCUCCACCCAGAACUGUGUCUCCCUCCCCGACUUUGGCGGUGGACACCCUGACCCCAACCUCAUCUACGCACACUCCCUUGUCGCGGCUGUCGACAAGGACGGUAUCCAGUUCGGGGCUGCCAGUGAUGGAGACGGUGACCGAAACAUGAUCUACGGUGCUAACGCCUUCGUCUCGCCCGGAGAUUCGCUUGCCAUCAUUGCCCACCAUGCCGACAAGAUCCCCUACUUCAAGAAGAACGGUGUCUACGGGCUCGCCAGGAGUAUGCCUACCUCGGGAGCCGUUGACCUGGUUGCCAAGAAGAAGGGCCUCGACUGCUACGAGGUUCCUACCGGAUGGAAGUUCUUCUGCAACUUGUUCGACAGCAACAAGCUGAGCAUCUGUGGUGAGGAGAGUUUCGGUACUGGUAGCAACCACAUCAGAGAGAAGGACGGAUGCUGGGCCGUCGUUGCCUGGUUGAACAUCAUGGCCGCCAUGGGCAAGGAGAAGCCCGACGAAGAGCCGAGCAUUGCGAACAUCCAGUUGGAUUUCUGGAAGGAGUAUGGACGCACUUUCUUCACCCGUUUCGACUUUGAGAAUGUCAGCUCGGAAGGUGCCCAGAAGCUCACCGCCGAGCUCGCCGCCAACAUCGGCAAGAGCGGGUUCAUCGGCAGCGAGAUCGCUGGCCGCAAGGUGACCGAUGCCGGUGACUUCGAAUACACCGACCCCAUCGACGGCAGCGUAGCCAAGAACCAGGGUCUGUACGUCAAGUUCGACGACGGCAGCCGCUUCGUUGUGCGUCUGUCCGGCACCGGCAGUUCAGGUGCCACCAUCCGCUUGUACAUCGAGAAGCACACUUCAGAUGAGAGUGUAUACACGCAGGAUGCCCAGGUCUACCUGAAGGACAACAUCAAGCUCGCCCUGGACUUCCUGAAGUUCCAGGAACACAUCGGCCGUGAGGAGCCUGAUGUCAGGACGUAAAUAGCUAGUGGUCUUUUUUCUUGGUUUUUUUUUCUGCUUGAGGGGGAGUUUGUUUCAUUAUCAUUUUUCAUUUUGUGUAUCAGAACCUGAUGGCGGGGGCACUGUUUUUUUUUUACUACCUAUCUGCGUGGCACAAAAGCCAUUGGUUGAAGAAGGUGGGAAUGCCGUAGUAGCGGAGGAGGAUCUUGCUAUCAGAAACCAAAAUCAAGAUUUCCAACCGACCGUUUCACUUACACGAAGAGUAGAUU